ACGGUUUACACGCAUGUUAACAUAACUGAACGUUAGUACUCUUGAAUACAGCUCCGUUUGUUUGCAACGCGACGAACAUGGAUUCCUCUGUGAUAAACGGUAUUUCAAGAAUAGGUUGAUUUGGCUGUCCUCAUGAUGAACUUCGACGGUCUUGACCCAGGGAUGGGUGAGUACUCGCCCACCCUCCACGGGACCAUGGACAGCGGGAUGGAGCCCUCCAUGGACCCACGGCUCAAUCCCAACUUGCUGCAAGGCGUGGAGCUGGACCCGGAGGGGCUCGCCGUGACGGUGCCCGAGUCGGUGCACCUGUUAGAGGGUAUGUUCUCCGAGCUGCACAGCGUGGCAGCAGAAGUUGGCAUCCCAGUCAGUGCAACACACUUUGACCUGCAGGAGGAAAUGCUCUGGAUGGGAAACCACAGAGGACAUGUCAGUUCCUUUUUUGGACCCACGAUGGGACGCUAUUCCUCUUUCCAAGUGCAUGCAACUGAUGACAUCCGCCACAUUCAGAGCCUGGAAACAGGCGUGCUCUUCCUGUCCAAGAGUAACCUCAAAUGCUACACCAGAGGGGGUCUCAUAAUGUUUGAUUACCCGAUGGAAGAAGGAGCUGAUAUGCACAGUUUGCUAAUGACGGACAACAACACGUUGCUCAUGGGCGGACUACAGAACUACGUGGUUGAAGUUGACUUGAAUACUGUUCAAGAGACUCAAAAGUUCACUGUUGAAGUGCCUGGAGUGGCAAUCAUGCGACAAACCAAUCGCUUCUUCUUCUGUGGGCACACCUCUGGAAAGGUAACUCUUCGCGAUUUACGCACCUUCAAGAUGGAGCAUGAGUUUGAUGCAUUCUCCGGCAGCCUGUCAGACUUCGACGUCCACGGAAACCUUCUUGCUGCAUGUGGCUUCUCCAGCCGAGGGCUGAACGGGCUGGCAUGUGACCGCUUCCUCAUGGUGUAUGACCUCCGCAUGAUGCGAGCUGUAACUCCCCUGCAGGUGCAUGUGGAUCCCCUCUUCCUGCGCUUCAUUCCUACCUACACAUCCCGCCUGGCUAUCAUCUCACAGACAGGUCAGUGCCAGUUCUGUGAGCCCACUGGCCUUGCCAACGUCGCUGAUAUUUUUCACGUCAACACGGUGGGCCAGCUGCUCAUGAGUUUUGACGUGUCGUCCAGCAAACAAGCACUGGCCUUCGGGGACUCUGGGGGGUGCGUGCACCUCUGGUCUGAUGCUCCAGAGGUUUCGUUCAAUGAUUACUCUCGAGAGACUGAGUUUGCCCUGCCUUGUCUCGUGGACACACUGCCUCAGCUGGACUGGAACCACGACCUGCUGCCCCUGUCUCUCAUCCCCAUGCCUCUGACCAGCACCGAACCUCUGCUGUCUGACUGGCCCACCUCGCUCGCCACGCCCAGUCCCAGGCGAGCGCCCCCAGUGGACCCAGAGAUCCUGCGCACAAUGAAGACUGUUGGCUUCAUUGGAUAUGCAGCGAAUCCUCGCACUCGCCCCCGAAAUCAGGUUCCUUACAAGAUUAAAGAGGUGGAGCUUGAUUAUGAUAAUUAUAACCAGGUUCCUGAAUCACCAAUUGGCCGUGACGAAGAGCCACACCUCUACAUGGUGCCCAAAAAGUACAGAAAGGUCACAAUUAAAUACUCGAAACUUGGACUUGAGGACUUUGACUUCAAACAUUACAACAGAACCUUGUUUGCUGGCCUGGAGCCUCACAUCCCCAACGCCUACUGUAACUGCAUGAUCCAGGUUUUAUAUUUCCUGGAGCCAAUCCGCUGCCUGGUGCAGAAUCAUUUGUGUCAGAAGGAGUUCUGCUUGGCCUGUGAGCUCGGCUUCCUCUUCCACAUGUUGGACCUGUCGCGAGGAGAUCCAUGUCAGGCCAGCAACUUCCUGCGAGCAUUCCGUACCAUUCCUGAGGCGUCUGCGCUCGGUCUGAUCCUGGCAGAUUCAGACGAGCAAACUGGGAAGGCCAGGCUGGGCCGCUUAAUCCAAAGCUGGAACCGCUUCAUCCUCACCCAGCUGCACCAGGAGACCCAGGAGCAGGAGGGCCCGCAGGCCUACAGGGGAGCCAGCAGCAGUGCUCUGGGCUCCUCUGGCGAGUCCGUCAUUGGGAGACUGUUUGGAUGUGAAGUGGAGAACAGUAGCCUGUGUCGCUGUGGCAAGGAGACCAUCCGCUCCUCCCUCACGCUGCUCUUCACCAUGCAUUACCCCGAACAGAACUCUCACGAUAAGACUAUAAAGGAGUACGACUUUGCUGAGAUCCUGAAGAAGAGCAUCUGCCUGGAGCAGAGCACACAGGCGUGGUGUGAAAACUGUGAGAAGUACCAGCCCACAGUGCAGACUCGUAACAUUCGAUGUCUACCAGAUGUUCUGGUCAUCAACUGUGAAGUGAACAGCACCAAAGAGGCUGAGUUCUGGAGGGUUCAGGCUGAGUACGCCUUCAAUAAGGCCAUGCAGAAAGAAGCUAUGGAACCUCCAAAACCCAAAGAGCCCCCUCCACCUAUGCCCACCGAGUGGUGCUUGGACGGGGAGGAGUUAUGCAGUAUGGAGGGCUUCACCUUUGACACGAGAGCAGAGGAUCUGCGGCACGUCUGGAUCCCCCUCACGCUCAAGAUGUCUAUCAGCAAGAGCCAGGGACUGGAGAUCAGCAACUGGCCAGAAGGAGAGGAGUUAAGCUCUGCUGAAGAGGCUGACGGCGCCUCCCUCUAUGACUUGGUGGUCACUGUGCCUCACAUCCUGGACGCUCGCACAGGAGGAAACCUGGUUGCACACAUUAAAGUGGGAGAGACCUAUCACCAAAGGAAAGAGGGGGUCACACACCAGCAGUGGUACCUUUUCAAUGAUUUCCUUAUUGAGCCAAUUGACAAGACUGAAGCCGCACAGUUUGACGUGAACUGGAAAGUGCCAGCCAUUAUGUAUUACGCAAAAAGGAACUACCACUCCAAAUACGACCUCCGCAUUAAAAAUCCCAUUGAGGCCAGUGUGCUGCUGACAGAGGCCUCGCUGGCUCGGAAGCAGAGGAAGAGCCACGCCACCUUCAUCCCUCUCAUGGUCAGUGAGAUGCCGCAGGCGGGUGACCUUGUGGGGCUGGAUGCAGAGUUUGUCACGCUCAACCAGGAAGAGGCAGAGCUGCGCAGUGACGGCACCAAGUCAACCAUCAAGCCCAGUCAGAUGUCUGUGGCCAGGAUCACGUGUGUGCGAGGUCAGGGUCCCAACGAAGGUGUGCCCUUCAUCGACGACUACAUCUCUACUCAGGAACAGGUGGUCGACUAUUUGACACAGUAUUCGGGCAUCAAACCAGGUGACCUGGAUGCUAAGAUCUCCUCCAAGCACUUGACCACUCUGAAGUCCACGUACCUCAAGCUGCGCUUUCUCAUCGACACCGGAGUGCGUUUUGUUGGCCACGGUUUACAGAAGGAUUUCCGAGUUAUCAAUUUAUUGGUUCUCAAAGAUCAAGUCAUUGACACUGUGUACCUGUUUCAUAUGCCACGCAAGAGGAUGAUUUCUCUACGGUUCCUCGCCUGGUACUUUUUAGACCUCAACAUCCAAGGGGAGACCCAUGACAGUAUAGAAGACGCUCGCACGGCCCUGCAGCUCUACAGGAAGUACCUGGAGCUGAGCCGGGGAGGAGGAACGGAUGAAGUGAGGAAGGUCCUGAAGGGGCUUUACGAAAAGGGUCGCAAGUUGGACUGGAAAGUCCCAGACUCAGAUGCAGGAGAUGGUCAAGGUAGCCCAAAAAGUGCUGCCGUCUUUCCCUCUGUGAUGGGCCUGUGAGCACCAAGCUGCCAGAAGGACUCGACUGUUUCAUUUCAUUUCCCUGCUGGACUUGGUCGCAGUGUGUGUGGACACCUGUCCUGACUGCACUGUAUGUCACACUGCUGAGUCAAGGACUGAACAGAAGGACAACCUCUAAUUUCCACUCUUUUUUUUUUUUUUUUAAUAAUUCCUUGUGUUUAUGUAAUAAGUAUUAAGUUGCCAGAUUGCCAAAAAUAUGAAUUUGCAUUUUACCUUUUUUUAAUUCUGAAUUUUUCGAGGUGCUUGUAAAUAAAAUUGACUUGUGCACUUA